GACAUCUCUCAUAAGAUAUAAGAGCUCUAGUGCAAAGUUCUGUAAAUAUUGCAGAAAUGGGAAAGCCACUGAGCAGGCCAGAUUGUUUACGCCAGAAUCCUCCUUGUGUAGGAAAAGGUGAUGAAGAGGAGGAUAUAAAUAUUGAGGACUGCUAUGUUCCUCAGAGGUCCAUCUACGACACAGUUCGGCUGAAUGAACAGAUUGAUUCAGGUUCCAAAGGGAGCCUCUCCUCCAGGCAUUUCUCAGAUCGGACCUUGCCAUAUAGUCAUAGAACACUGGACCUUAGUACAUUGUGCUCCAAUGGUGCCCUCUCUUCCUCCAGUGUGUUUGAACUGAGAGGACGGGAAACUAAUAAGCUAGAUGAAAAAAUGAUUUUUGAUGCCCUUAAGUUGAACAAUGAUGUCAUUCGAACAGCUGGCAUGUCCAAAGCAAAGUAUCAUACAGAAAAGAAAGAACAUAGGAGGUCCUGGAGGAUGCUUGUCCUGCCACAUUUUGCAGACUCUGCAAAUAAAAGUGAAUCUUCAGUUGCUGGAACUUUUGAAAUGGCAGGCUUAGCAGCAACAAACCAAGACAAAUACGGGGCAAAUUCUCUUACUUCAGAAGAUGAUGAUUCAGGUCUCUGCAGUCCUCAAACAGAAAGAGAAGAAAAGCAAAUUGGGCUGCCAGGACAACAAAAUCUGAUUAGAAGCCUGUCUUCCAUAGAAGACAUUCAGUUGAUAGGCAGAUUUGGAACAUUUUCCUCUCCUGUCUCUAGCAGUGAACAUAACAUCUCAAGAAGUUCUCUUGUCAAUGGACCCAACCAAGGGAAAUUACAGGAUACUUUACACAAAAAGCAUAGAGGAGGGGAUUUGCUUUGGAAUCUAGAAGGUCAUCAGGAAGGAGGAGAUGGACCUUGCAAUCCAGUGACUUCUUCACAAAAGGAUAUCUUAGCACAUGCAGAAAGGCUCCAGGAGAGUGAGAGAGAGUAUGACAUCACUGUAGACAUUGUAGACAGAAAGGAAGUGAAGGACAGCUCUGAAAUUAAUGAACCAUUAGAAAACCAUGACAGGAAGAUUGAAAAGGAUUUCUUGGACAUUUCACCUCAGGAUAUGGAUAUUUAUUAUGAAGAUGCAGCUAUACAUGUUGGUGAAGAGGAGAUAGUAAAACAUAAAAAUGUUCACAAAACAGAACACAAUAUGAUUCAUAAAGAUCCAAAUGAAAUUCAAUUUUCUGCUCAGGCUUUGGAAGUUGAGAAUACCUCAUGUCACCAAGCAAAUCCAGUGAGAACUGACUUCAGCUUCAGGGUUGCAGACAUACCUAUAGAAGAAACCUUGGAUACAGUUUACAAUGGGGUGAGGUCUAAUAAGGUAACUCAAAACAUAGAACACAUUUUUGAAUAUUGCUAUGGACUUUUCUAUUAUUUGGGCUUUGCCUCUGUGAUUGCCUUAUGA